AUGGCUCCGACGCAGGGCAUUGUCUUUGAUGCUCUCAAAACAGACUUUGGUGAAGUUGGUGCAUGGGCAAGAUACGGUCAGAGCAAACUCGCGGUCAUUUUGUAUGCCCGGGAAUUGGCGAAGAGACAAACCAAGAUCAAGGUCUGUGUCGUUGAUCCAGGCUUUGUAGAUACGAACUGGGCACAGUCUUGGAAAUCAUCAAGCUACAUACUUGAAGCGUUGUAUCCCCUUAUGAGAAUGGCAUCAAGCAGUGUGGAGAAUGGAGUUCAAAAUCAGUUGUGGGCAUCAGUUCACCCAGAUGUCAAGAGCGGAGUAUAUUAUCUUCCCGUGGGAAAACUGGCCGUGGGAAAGGGAAACCUGGCAAACCAAAAGCUGGCACAAAGGCUAUGGGAGUGGACGGAGACAGAGCUGGAGGGGAUGGACUGA